AAGAAAAAAAGAACGGUAAACAUUUGUCCUUGUUGCAAAAUUUUGUUUAAUUUAAAGAAAUAAUCUGAAACCUUUGUAUAAUGAGUGCAUCAGAAUUAGAAGAAAAGGUCAAAGCUAAGCGCUUCCGGGCAGCACCAACACAUCGUUGGAUCAGUGAGCAAACUAGAAGCCUUUUAGAGGAAGUGCGCGGAGAAAUAAAAGACCGCCCGGAGUCAUUUGAGAAGCCUAUUGCACAAAAAUUUUAUUCGAAAAUAUCUGCUAAGUGCCCUUUGCUCGCAAACAUUAAUUGGAAAGUGAUGAAAAGCAAAAUGCGCUAUUUAAAAGGAAUAUAUAUGGAGGCCGUGAGAUGGCGUAGUCAAACAGGAGCUGGAUUAAUUGAAAAUGGAGAAGAAGAAAGCGUCAAGGGUAUUUUAUUUUCUUUGUCUUUUAAAUACGAAAUUAAAUUAAACCAAAUUUCGCAGACUACAUUCAAAAUAUUUGUCCCUUCUUCGAAAUACUGGACGAGAUUUUUGGGCUCAGAAAGGGCGUGAACCCUACGGUUAUAAUUGAGAGUAGCAAUAUAGAAGUCCUCU